CGACCCGGAUGCAGAUCAUGUGUGCAGGAAAACGUGCUGUUUGGAGCGACGGUGCACCGUUUAGGAUGCCGGCCGCCGUUAAACAACGCCGAGGAAGAAGAAAUGUGCUGUAGGAUGAAAGUGCCUUGAGGAGUUUGUGCUUGUGACUUCUGCACUGGGACCACAGCCAUGUCAGAUAUUAACAUCAACAUUAGCUUUUCUAACGACACUUUACACAGAAGAACUGUAACACAAAACCGAAAGAGGAAAAACAAGAAGUCGCGCAAAAAGGAGCGAUUUUUGCAGAACCAAAGGAAUUUGGAAAGGGGACCGGUGCACACCAACAGUGGCCAGACUGCUGCCCACAAUGGAGCAGACACUUCAUCCUUCAGCUUACUUCAUCCAGACACGACUGCCAGGACUAUCUAUGGUCCCUCCAGGCCUUCAUUGCCUUCACGGUUUCUUACUGUGAAAAGUGAAAGCAAGCAUGAAAAACCAAAGGAAGCAGUGAAGACAAAAUCAGCCUCCACCAACCUCAGCCCCUCAGCACCAGACAGCCACAAGCCCCCUCACCCCUCCUGCUCUUCAGCACCAGGCAGCCACACACCCGCCCCUACCAAGUACCUCGCUAUUGAUUGUGAGAUGGUGGGUACAGGACCCAAGGGGAGCAUCAGCCAGCUCGCACGCUGCAGUAUAGUGUCCUAUGAAGGAGACAUAGUUUAUGAUAAGUUCAUUAAUCCUCCCAUGCCCGUUACCGACUACCGAACCCGAUGGAGUGGCAUCCGCCGCUGUGACCUCAUCAAGGCUACGCCAUACAAUCAGGCCAGGAAGGAGAUACUGAAGCUGCUCAUGGGGAAGGUGGUGGUUGGUCAUGCCAUUCACAAUGACUUCAGAGUCCUCGGCUACACUCACCCCACAGUCUUGACCAGGGACACCUCACGAAUCCCUCUGCUCAACCUGAAGGCCGGCUUUGUGAAAAAAGAGUGUGCGUCGCUGAAGAGGCUCACUAAGGCCAUCUUCAACCGUGACAUCCAGACCGGGAAGAAGGGCCACUCUUCUGUGGAGGACGCCCGGGCCACUAUGGAGCUUUACCGGGUGGUGGAGGAGGAGUGGGAGAGGACACUCGCCACCAAAUCACAGUCCACUUAGUGAAACGCAGAGCGUGUUCAGCUUUGCGCUACAGGAUGGAUCUUUUCAAGCUGCUCCUGUGAGGACUGGAAACUUCUAUAAGUUUGGAGACUCAGUUAGACGUGUGUUUCUCAGGGUUUCCACUGUGGUAACUGGUGCUGCUGCCACUAGAGGGCGCUCAUGUCUUCGUCCCUCACAUGCAAACAUCCUAAAACAUUUUACCAUUACACAGUGAGUUUCUACUAGGAUCAGAUUUCUGUGACUUGUAUGUGUUAAUGUUUCUGCUCAUGAGGUGGAUCAGCUGGUGAUGUUCACCAGAAGUGUUUUUUGACUAAUCAGCAGGUUUUUAGUGUAAAUAUUUGAAAACAAUACAGCUGUAUUAAGCUUCA